CCGUUCGAAUUAUCGGGGAUCGGGGAUCGGGGCAUUUAUUUUCCAAUCUAAUUUCGCGCGUUCGAAACGUCGAUCGCUGGCAACGUCGUCGGUGAGUGGGUGACUCGAUCUCUCCGGCCAGGGCAAACGCGAUCGAGCGCGCGCGCGCGAUGACACCUUCCUAUAUUUGAAAACCGUUCCAGUUAAUCUUCGGCCUCGGUAUACCCAUGGAAGUUGACGUCAGCAUGAUUAUCGGCUAUGUGUUCAAAUUUAAUUACGCCCUGCCGCAUAACGCCUCGUACUUGACGGAUCCAUACGUCCGCUAUGACAGAUCGAUCAACGGCCCUGUACAGCCUGAUGGAAAUGACGCUUCAUCACCGCCGGGCGCGAAAGACGAGGCGGCCUUGAUAUCCAGAUGGGAGUAUUACGAGAUCCUUGAAUCGAUUUUCGAGCCGAUGCGUUCGGGCAAAGCCUGCCUUUUAAAAAGCAUUUGCGAGGCCGCGGCGGUGCCUUUCGGGCGAAGCCGCAGUCUGACUGCGCAGCUCGUCCACGCUUUCCUCACGCCCUCGACCACAUCCGAGCCGUUCAGACACGCCUUCGAUCAAGAGUAUCGAGCCGCUGAAGUUGCAGGGCGACGGGAUCGCGGGAGUUGCGAGCGCUUAUUCACGGAAUGCCCGGAGAGUCUUUUGGAAUACUUCACCGAAAUAACCGAGUGUAUUAUUAAUUCGACACUGGAAAUUCGACCUUCCCCUCCAACCCUCCGGGCGAGUCGGCAGGGCGGACCAGGAGGAGAAGCAAAAAAAGUAAAAAUGCGCGGAGAGUCCGCGGAUCACACAGCGCAGGUGUCCCUCUCUCUCUCUCUCUCUCUCUCUCUCUCGUUUUUCGGGAGCUACCUCGAAAACGUUUCUCUCUUAAGCGCGCGCGCGCGCUCGCGCGUUAUUGCAUUUGCCGGCGCUCAGCUACGCUAUCUCGCGCUUUUACAGCUGAUUUUCGGUCUGGGCACUCCGCUGCAGCUGGAUCGCGAGAGCGUGAUCGUGGGCGUGUUUACAAAAAUGCAGUACACCCUGCCGAGCAACGCUACAGAUUUCACGGAGCCGGGGGUGUAUUACACGCGGGCGGGCGGCAGCAGAUGGAGUCUUUACAAAAUGUUCGAGAAAGUAAUGGCCAUGUACGGCUUCGGCGGCAAGGAGUGCUUGCUGAGGGCCAUCUGCGAGGUCGCCCAUGUGCCAUUCGACGUCCGCCACGGUUUGCUGGGCCAGUUGGUGCAGACUUUCCUCAGGCCUUCCAGUACGCAGGAGGAGCACGACGAGUACGGCGAUCGGGACUAUCAGGCGGCCGAGCGGCUGGGUGAGCAGGCAGAGGGCGAGCACUGCCACGCCCUUUAUCCGGAAUGCCGCGGAAGUGUGCUGGACGUGUUCUCCACGUUGAUGGCGUGAGGACAUCGGCCGGGUGUGGAUCGACCAACCCAAUGAGUCCCGAUAAAUACGUCAAGCACGAGGAAUUCGGCGUCGAGCACGAAGAAUUCGCGAGCGAUACGUCGCGUCGGUCUCCGGCGAUUCCUUCAGCGGGGGAGGGACUGUCGCAGCUGUUGAACUUUGAGACACCGUCUCGGCCUCCUCGCGGGAGAACGAUCCAGGAAUAAUCCACCCGCGCCCUGACGUUUCGUGUCGUCGUUCCGGGCGAAAUCGUCCCUUGCGACGCUCCCUUCUCCGUCGUUCGUUCGUUCGUUCGUUCAUUCAUUCAUUCAUUUCGUUUCCUAUUGGCAUUCCUUUCCCUCCCGAUUCCGAGUUUCAUCUUCCUAAAAGUGCGCCGAAGAAACACGGAGUUUCGCCGGUCGGAAUGCCGGCAUUCGAUAUUAAAGAAUCUUCGGCAUUCGCCGGGCCGGCCGGCUCAAGUUUAUCGCGGUUUUUCCGUUACUUCGGGAUUCCCGAAUAAUCAGCCGAAGGAGGAGCUCGCCGAAAGUUCGCCGCUUUCGCGAGAGGCGACUAUCGCUGUUUUUUUUUCUUCUUCUUGUUUCCUUUUUCAUGCCAUCCCCAUUCGGAGCUGCAUGCUAAGAUAACGCUCCCUUUUUCCGACGUUCCUUUUUCCGACUGAGGAAACCGGGCUUUUUCUCUUCUCCCCCCCCUCC